AUGUCGCACCCGUCCUGGCUGCCACCCAAGAGCACCAACGAGCCUGUUGGUCACGUUACUGCAAGGAUGGAGACCACGCACACCUUUGGGACUCCCAGCAUCUCGGUGUCCACCCAGCAGACACCAAAGAAGUUUGCACCAGUUGUUGCCCCCAAGCCAAAGUACAACCCAUACAAGCAACCAGGAGGUGAUGGUAAAGGGGAGGAUGGGGACUUCCUUCCUCCACCUCCACCUCCUGUGGAUGACCUGGGGAACAUUACAUCGUCACAAGGUGCCUUCCCCUCACCGCCCACUCUGGAUGAUGUUACUUUCAAUGUGCAGGUGAAUCCUGGUGGCAAGACGCUUGAGGAGAGGCGGUCCAGUUUAGACGCAGAAAUCGACUCUCUGACCAGCAUCCUGGCUGACCUAGAGAGCAGCUCUCCGUACAAACCUCGGACUCAACAGGGACCUCAUGUGGCUCCUGCGAGUUCCCUGGAGCCUGAGGAUGAGCUUGAACAUCUGACCAAGAAAAUGCUGUAUGACAUGGAGAAUCCUCCCUCUGAUGACUACUUUGGCCGCUGUGCCCGCUGUGGGGAGAAUGUUGUUGGGGAAGGCACAGGCUGCACGGCCAUGGACCAGGUCUUCCACGUGGAGUGCUUCACCUGCAUGAUGUGCAACAACAAGCUGAGGGGACAGCCUUUCUAUGCAGUGGAGAAGAAAGCCUACUGCGAACCCUGUUAUAUUAACACACUGGAGCAAUGCAGCGUCUGUGCAAAGCCCAUCAUGGAAAGGAUCCUCCGAGCUACCGGGAAGGCCUACCAUCCCCACUGUUUCACCUGUGUGAUGUGCCAUCGCAGCCUGGACGGGAUCCCCUUCACCGUGGAUGCUGGUGGGAACAUCCACUGCAUCGAGGAUUUCCAUAAGAAAUUUGCACCGAGAUGUUCAGUGUGUAAGGAGCCCAUCAUGCCGGCCCCAGGACAAGAGGAGACUGUACGCAUUGUUGCCUUGGAUCGUGACUUCCAUGUCCAGUGCUACCGAUGUGAGGACUGUGGUGGCCUCCUGUCUGAAGGGGACAAUCAGGGCUGUUACCCUCUGGAUGGGCACAUCCUUUGCAAGACCUGCAACUCUGCUCGGAUCCAGGCUCUGACUGCCAAGGCCAGCACUGAUCUCUGA